AUGGCUGAACGCUCGCAAACCGGCCGGAAAACCCGCCGGAAAACCGGCCGGAAAACCGGGAAGAGACAAAACUCCCAGCUUUUUAACCUUCACCGUCUCACACUGGUGAGUCUGCUGGACAUCCGGGUCACCUGCUGGAACGCAGCAGGUGAGUUUGUGGUUAAAUUCCUGCGGUGGGCGGGGCUUAGACCGCUGACAGAAACAGCAGCCCGACCUUUGAGCCGAGCAGAACCUGGACGGAACCAGCAUGGCUACAGACUUCACUCAGGACGAGGUUCUGGUUUCCUGCAGCGCUGCGGCGGGUCGGCGAAGAACACCGAACUGCUGGCCCACUUUCUGCCCUUCCUUCGGGACAAUCCGGACAACGUCGGGAACCGAGACCGCUUCAAGAGUUUCGUCAACUCCGUGGCAACCGUGUCGAAGAUCGACGGGGUUUCCACCGUGAUCCUCAGGAAGCGGUACCGGGGAUAUGUGCACGGUUCGGGCAGAGACUCGGCCGAACCGGGUCCGGUCGGAGACGCCGAGCGGAAUCCCGCCCUGCCUGCAGCUGGAAUCGCAGUGGAGACACAGAGGGAAGACCCGAGUCCAGAACCCGUCCAGGUACGAAACCGGGCCCCAGAACUUUCAGAGAUUCCUUAUCAGAGCAGAACUCAGGAACCGAACCGGCUGGAUUCUGCUCCUGGUCCAGCUGAGAGACAUCAGGACUUCAUCCCUGAGCCAAUCAGAUGGCAGGAAAUGCCUGAAGAAAGUUUCAUUCCACAGCCAAUCAGAGGACAGGAAGCCCCCCAUCAGAACCGCUGUCCACAGCCAAUCAGAGGACAGGACUACCAACCUGUUGGAGGACAUGUUUUCACACCCAGACCCACUGGAAGGCAACAAGACACCCCCCAUAUGCCGUCCAGAAGAAUGGACAAACCCCAUCAGGGAACCGUUCCUGAGCCCGUCAGAGGACACAUCGUCGGCCGUCAGGACCACGCCCCAGACCCCGGUGAAAGGUGGGAUCCCCCAAAUCAGGGAACCAUCUCGGAACCCAAUAAAGGAUGUAUCGUCAGCCGUCAGGACCACGCCCCAGAUCCCGUCAGAGGACAGAAGACCUCUCAUCAGAACCGCAUCGCUGAACCCUUCAGAGGACAUGUUGGUAACUAUCAGGACCAGUUUCCAGGACCCGUUAGGGGACAGCAGGUCCCUCAUCAAAGUCAUUUCCCAGCCCCCAACAGAAGAUGGGAUCCCCCACACCAGGAUCCAAGAGGAUAUGUGAUUAGUCGUGUCCCAGAACCCAUCAGAGGAAAGAAUGUGUUUUAUCAGGACCCCAGCAGAGUUCCUCUGAGAGGUUCUCAACCUCCCACAUCUCAACCACCGAGAGGACAGCAGAGCUUUUAUCAGGCCCCUCAAAAUCCAGAACACCUCAGGGGAUGGGAGAUUCCUCAUCAGGAUCCAUUUCCUGAAUAUCUCAGUGGACAGCAGGUCCCCCAGAAUCUAGAACCAUUCAGGGGACAACGGAUUCCUUAUCAGGUCCUUCAAAAUCCAGAACCACUCAGAGGACAUUGGAUUCCUCAUCAUGUCCCGCAGAUAACAGAACACCGCAGGGGACAGGAGAUUUCUUAUCAAGACCCUGUCCCAGAAGCCUUCAGAGGUCAGAACGUCUAUAAUCAAGAUCCCAUUCCAGAAUACCUCAGUGGGCAUCAGAUUCCCCAAAAUAUAGAACUUCGCAGGGGACAGCAGGUCCCCCAGAAUCCAGAACCUCUCAGGGUACAACGGGCUCCUCAACAGAUACCAGAACACCUUGGGGGACGGGACAUUUCUUUUGAGGAUCCUGUCCCAGAAGCCCAAAACAUCUUUUAUCAGCAUCCCAUUCCAGAAUAUCUCUGUGAACAUCAGAUCCCCCAGAAUCUAGAACCUCUUAGGGGACAGCAAAUGUCUUACGACCCUGUUCCAGAACAUAUCAGAGGACGGGGAAUCUAUUUUCCAGAUUCCAAUCCAGAUUUACACAGAGGACAGAAGAUUCCUUAUCAGGAUCCAAUACCUGAAUACCUCAGUGGGCAGCAAAUCCCCCAGAAUCCAGAGUGUCUUUUGACAGCAGGUCCCCCAGAACCUGAGAGGAACAUAGAACCUCUCAGAAGACAGCAGGUCCACCAGAAUCCAGAACCUCCUAAGGGACAGCAGGUCCACCAGGGUCAAGAACCUCUUAAGGGACAGCAGGUCCACCAGGGUCAAGAACCUCUUAAGGGACAGCAGGUCCACCAGGGUCAAGAACCUCUUAAGGGACAGUGGAACCCAAAGAGUCCAGAUCUACAUAGGGUACAUGAGAAGAACCCAGAACCUCUCCAGGGACUGCAGGUGCCCCAAAAUCUGGAACCUUUCCAGAGACAGCAGGUCCCCCAAAAUCUAGAACCUCUUAAGGGACAGCGGGUCCAGAGUCCAGAACUACAUAAGGUACAUCAGAAAAUACCAGAACCUCUUAAAGGACAGCAGGUCCCCCAGAAUCUGGAACCUCUUAAAGGACAGCAGGUCCCCCAGAAUCUGGAACCUCUUAAAGGACAGCAGGUCCCCCAGAAUCUGGAACCUCUCCAUGGACAGCAGAUUCCCAAAAGUCCAGAACUACGUAGGGAACAGAAAAUCUCCUUCCAGGAUUUGGUUCCUGAAUCCCCCAAAGGACAGCAGAGUCCUCCUCAGGACCCAGAACCCGUUGGAGGACAUGAACCCGCUCCUCAGCUCCAUCAGGUUCCGGCCCGCCACCUCAGAUACAGGCAGAGCUACAGAUCAGCCGUUUCUCAGGAUGACGACAAAGAAGAGGAGGAUGUCCAGAUCAGACGUGGCUCAGCAGGAGGUCAGCGGGCCCUGAACGCCCCUCUCAGUGACGUGGCGAGGGCCAUGUCUGCCUCCUCACCGAGUGUCAUAGACCCCGCGGUUCCUCCCUCCUCUUCCUCAGGGAAUAAGGUUCCUCAGAUCUACAUCCAGAACUCAGACGUUGAACUUCUGGCAUCUCGAUUCCCCUCAGAGUCCAGGUCCAGACCUGGACCUGGACCUGGACCUGGACCUGUGGAUUCCAUGAGACGCAGUCUGCCUCUGGAAGCAGAAUUCACCAUGGAACGCCACCAUGACAGACCUGCUGCUCAGACUUCUCAACCAGUCGGGCCCAAACGGAACCAGAGGCUGUCGUCCAGCCAGAGCGACGUCUUCGACCUGCCGUCGGCUGUGAGGUCAUCGUCGGCUGUGAGGUCAUCGGUCAGCGACUGGCCUCCGUCCGGGUCCUCCAGAACCUUCAGAGCAGAUGAACCUGCGGCUUCUCUGGAAGUUCUGCAGGAGUCCAACAGAACCAAGCCGGAGCCUCCGGCCCGUCGCUCCAACCUGAAAAUGCCGUUCCAUCAGUCGAUGGGGAAUCUCUGCGACGACGAGUCGCCUCCCAAUGGAAAGUUGCAGCCGUUCCUGUCCAGCGACCAUCUGAAUGACAACCAGCAGUUUGCGUCCAGAGGGUCGUCCCUCAAUCAGUCCACAGAUGAUCUCUACGAUGACAUGAAGUCGAGCAGCAGCUCCAUCGACUCGCCUCGGGUGAAGCUCCGCUCGCCGGCGGCUCGGCGGAUGAGCAGCCGGCUGAGGAACCGGAUUUGCCGCAGCUUGGGAACCGACCUGGACCAGGAGGAAGCCGGGGGAGGACCGGAGGACGCCAGACUGGAACGGCUGCACCGGAUCUCGUCCUCGCUGAGUCUUCCCCACCACCUGUCCUCCUCGUCGCUGUCGUCUUCCACCACGCCGCCGCGAUGCCCCAGCCCCAACGCGUCAGAGGGCGGGAGGAAGGAAUCCAGGAAGAGCCUUCACUCCCACAACGCUGGAAAGUCUGCGGUUCCUCUGGAGCCCCAGGAGCACCACUGGAUGGUGAAGGCAGCGGCGGGUGCCUGGCCCGACAUCUACGCUCUGUUCAGGUCCGACUCCUCGCUGCUCAACCGGCAGGACUUCAUCUCCGGCUUCACGGUUCUGCACUGGAUGGCCAAACAUGGCGACCACCGAGUGAUCAACACCCUGGGGUACGGCGUGCAGCAGAAAGGCCUGAGCUUCGAUGUGAACGCCAGGUCGACGGCGGGUCAGACUCCCCUCCACAUCGCCGCCAUGCACAACCACAAGAACGUCAUCCAGCUGCUGGUGAAGAAGUUCAACGCCGACGUGAAGGUGAGGGACACGGCGGGGAAGAAGGCCUGGCAGUACCUGAGCGACCGAUCCCCGGACAUCCUGCAGCUGCUGGCGGCGCCGCCGAAAGCCGCGCUGACCCGCGGCCCCGAGAACGUCGACCCGGGCCCGAAGCCGCCCAAGCAGAAGCGCCACCUGCGCCACCACUUCUCCUCGGCCUCCUCCGGCCAGAGGCCGCAGACGCUGAGCGCCAUGGUGAAGGUCAGCAGGUCGUCGUCCAUCGCUGCGCUGCUGAAGCACAAAUCGCUGCAUCGGUUUUAGCAGAACCAGAACCAGAACCAGAACCGGUUUGCUGAGCCGCCCUGCUGUUACAGACGUGUUCCUGCCUGCCGCCCCGAACGCAGGCAGCCAAACGGGCAACUUUUAUUUCCACUGUUUCUUACUGAAGCUAAUAUUAGCAGUUUAACAUCCAGGCUCUAAAAAGCCUGUUGAUGUUUGGACUUUAUUAAAAUUCUUCUCUAAUCAAUGGAAACAUGACAAUAAAUGACGAAAAUCCAAUUAAACGUUUGAUCCUGAUGAUUAAACGCAGAAAAAGACAUGAAAAUGUUUUUGCUAUAAAAUUAUGAACAUACAUUAAAGAAACAUAAAAAAUGUUAUUGGAGUAUUAACAUGACAUUGAUAGCAUUUAUGCUAUUAGCCUCUUAGCUUAUGUUUAUUAAAGUUAGUUAAUGUUUUCCAACAUGCUAGAUUCAGCUAACAUGGCUAAGUCAUGAAAUUAUGUACAAAAUAGAAAAAACUAAAUCCUAUAAAUUAAACUUUAUAGUUUACUUUAACAUAAUUAAACUUUAAUGUAUAAUGAAAUAAAAAUCCCAUUAAAGAAACAUUUUAAAUCAUAAACUUUAAUGUCACGGUGCCAAUGUAAAGGUUUGGGGCCUUUUACUGGAUUUCCUAUUUUUUCCUUCCACUUAAUUUUCCAUGCAUUCUUAAGCUAUCAAUGAUUUUGUCACAAAACUUGUUUUUUAUGCUUUUUUAUAUUAUUGUAUUUCCCCUGGAACUGACUAAGUUUUCAUUAAAUGAAUCCAGAAUCAUCUGGAAUAUGUUUCUUGAAUUCAUCUGUCUGUUGAUUUGUUUGUCUCGGUCUGGAGGCUCCGCCCCUUCCUAACUGUAACAUUUAGUUUCUGCAGCGGCUGAACACAAAGGACGGUUUCACCUUCCAUGUUUCGGUCUGAUGUGGGAGGAAAAUCCGCCCGUCGUCUUGAUCUCAGGUUUCAGCUCUGAUUUUAUACAUAAAUAAUAAAAACAUAUUUCAUGUCCCUUUCAAUUCAGAGAGAGAAAUUAAUAUCUGUUGGGUUUUAAAAUGGUUUUGUUUAUUUUUGAAAAAAUCUAAAUGUGGCCAAACUUUUACUUAUGUGCUUUUAUUUUGAAGGAGCGCUUGCUCUAUGCUAGUUGCUGGAAGUUAUUGAAAUGAUCUCUCCACAUAAAAAUAUAUGUAAACGAGUCAGAAAUAUGUGAAAUUUGUGUAAAUUUAAUAUUUUUGUUGUGGAAACCCAACAGGAAAUGAUGCGUCUCGAUCUGUUGGCAUUUCUGCUAAAUUGGACAAAACUUUGAUUUUUAUAAAUGAAAAAACUUCCUGAUCCUCUGUUUAGUAUAAAACUGCA